UGUCGAUCUAAUCAGAUUCUCUCCUCCAUUAUUUUAUAAGCUGUAGUUGUUUAAUCCUGCGCCGGUUGGUGAAUAAUGGAAAGAUCGACUCGGCUCUCCUGGGGUUUGAAAUCACAGCUUUGAAGAACGAAAUUAAAUACGAUAAAAUCAUUUGAAUUCUUUCAGACCGUCGCUCUUUCGUUCCUGCCUGUCCAUUAUCAGCAAGCACCAUCCUAUUGUACAUAACGUGCGAUAUAUUACCUGUUCUAUAGAGAUUGUUCUUAACUACGGAGAAACCAGGAUAUUCACCAAGAGUCGUCGUCGUCGGAGGUGACGAUUCGUUUUCUGGUUCCUUAUUUACAGUGUGUGAUGCUUAAAAUCUUCGGCUGGUUGAGUGGAACGGACGUCUGAAUUUGCAGUCACAGUUUCACUCGGCUUCUAAGUCGACUCUGCUCAAUAAAGCAGUGCAUGACAUAUCUGACUCGGAUGCAACAGAAGAACCAGAGUCUCUCCCAGACUCAGAACCUGACUCUGAUGUUACAGUUGAUCCCGAUACCUUAGCAUACAAUAGUGGUCAAGAUCUCUUUUCUGACUAUUCCAAUAACUCUUUUGAUAAGGCGGACACUGUAGUCACACCUUGUCUAUCUACGGAACUUUUGAAAAUAAUGUCUUCAAAAAAAUCCAGACAAGAAACACAUGCAAUUUCUGAAAGUGAUUCUGACUCGGAAAGCGAACAAAAUUCUAGAAGUAAAUACAAUUCCAAGCACCAUGUCCAGAAGUUAUCCAGUUCUGUCAAAGUCGAUUCCAGAAAGCAUCAGAAUCCCUGCCGCGAGAAUGGCUCUCGGUCUUCUUCACAUGAAUCCAGACAGAAAGCUAAUAAAACAAAUCAUCAUACUCUUCAACAUAGCUCUUCUUCAUCUUCAAAAGAUAGUUCUAAUUCUUCAAAAAAAUCAUCGCAUAGACCUGAUAGUUCAGCUGUUAACGGGUCAGAAUUAUUUUCAAAUCCAGUAAAUUUAUGUCAUCGUUCGUCUUCUCUGCCCAGCCAAUCAAACAAUUCAUCGACAUCAAAGAAGACAUCCCAUUGUUCCCCCACUCCUACUCCUAAGAAAACAUCCCAUACAGAAAAGGCUACGAAUCAAAAUAAUACUUCAUCUUCUUUGAACUCAAAAAUGCAUGAUAUUUUUGGAAGUGAUUCUGAUGAAGAUUUUGUUGUAAAUAACAAUUCUAGUGAUAGCGAGAAUGAGAGCAGUAGCAACAGUGAUGUAAAUGGCAACUCACCAGAUACAAACUCCCAUAGUCCCAUGACACAUUCAUCAUCAAGUCAUCAUAAAAUGUCACCAUCAUCUUCACAUUCAUCUUCUUCAUCUUCUGCAUCAAGUUCUUCAGAUUCAGAUUCAGAUUCAGAUUCAGAUGAUGAUAACUCAGGCGUUGAUACGCAUUCGCCAAAAUCUAAAAUCAAAAGUGUUAAGUCAGACAGCUCUGACACUUCCCACAAACCCUCCAAAACAAAUUCUUCAGGUAAAAGCUCUGUCACAUCAACAACUGAAACUGCCUUAGACAAAUUGGUUUCAUCAUCUGAAGACAGUGAAACUGUUAAAAGGAAACGGCCAGUCACACCAACCAAACUUAUUUGCAGGUUUGGAACUGCUUGUACAAGAAAAAAUCCUACACAUUGGGAGGACUUUGAGCAUCAUGAAAUUGAGGAGAAAAAACCUUCUGUGAAGAAACAAAAGGCAAAUAAUGACUCGCCGCCCGCUGCUGCUUCGGUGUCUAAGUCUCCUGUUGUCUCCCCAACUACAGAGAAAAAGUCACAAUCGGGGGAUAAGACAAUGAGCUUAGAAAAGUCUAUCCGUACAACAUACCGUGAGGGUCAACCUUUCAGCUUCUUUCUUACUCGUGUUAAAGGGAUUAGUUCACAGUACAAUUCCUCCUUUGUCAUGGGAAUCUCUGAUAUUUUGUCAUCAGCAUUUGGUAACCUUCAGGCAUCAUGUCAGUUUAAUUACAUGUUUGAUAUCAAGUUUCUGAUGCAGCAAUAUGCUCCAGAAUUCCGGCAAAAACCUGUCCUAAUAGUCCACGGGUUUAAAGGUUCUGAGAUGACUGGUUUACAGAAUGAUGCAUCUAAAUUCCCCAAUGUCUCAUUAUGUCAAGCCCGUUUAGAUAUUCCUUUUGGAACUCAUCAUUCAAAGAUGAUGUUUCUUCUCUAUGACAAUGGUAUGAGGGUUGUUAUUCACACUGCUAACCUUAUUCCUGGAGAUUGGUACCAGAAAACUCAAGGGGUUUGGGUGAGUCCAUUAUUUCCAAAGCUCCGUGGUGGCGCCAACAAGAAUGACGGACAGUCACCAACAGCUUUCAAGAGAGACCUUAUUCAGUAUGUUGCUGCAUACCGCAAUCCCAGUCUGGCUAGGUGGGAGAAACAUCUUCUAGAACACGACAUGUCUAGCGCCAAAGUAUAUUUAAUUGCUUCUGUGCCUGGCAGACAUUCAAUGCUCCAGAAAAACGCUUGGGGUCACCUGAAGUUAAGAAAGAUUUUAUUAGAAAAUGGUCCUGAUAAACUAGAAGUUGGUUCUUGGCCUGUUGUUUGUCAGUUCUCUAGUAUUGGUUCACUUGGGCCUACUGCAGAUAAAUGGUUGUGUGGAGAAUUUCACCAGAGUUUGGCUGCCUGUCGUUCCAGUAUAUAUUCCCCAUUGACACCUGAUAAAAUGAAACUGAUCUUCCCUAGUGUGGAAAAUGUUCGGAUCAGUCUUGAAGGCUACCCAGCUGGCACCUGUCUUCCAUAUAGUAUACAAACAGCUUCCAAACAGCCGUACUUGUUGAAAUUCUUACAUCAGUGGAAAUCUGAAGGCCGUGGUCGCACCAGAGCUUGUCCCCACAUAAAAACAUACAUGCGACCAUCUCCGGACUAUUCUCUCGCCUCCUGGUUUAUGGUUACAAGUGCUAAUUUGUCCAAAGCAGCUUGGGGUGUACUGGAGAAGGAUGGAUCACAGGUCAUGAUACGUUCAUACGAAAUUGGAGUCCUUUUCUUACCAAAUGUCUUUGACAUGAAGCGGCUUAAGUUGACCAACGAUGUAAAUGAAGGUUUGUCCUCUGAAAAACCAAGUUUUGUUCUCCCAUAUGAUAUUCCAUUGAAACCGUACAAGAAAGAUGAUGAGCCAUGGGUUUAUGAUAUUGCACACAAGGAGCUUCCUGAUUGCAAUGGUAUGAUGUGGUGCCCAUCCCUCUUGUAGUACACCAACCAAUUUCCAUCCUAUACUUUUUUUCUUGACAAGAAGACAAGGUCUGGCUGAUUGACUGACUAACUUGAGAUUUUAAUUUCGUCUCACUAAUACUGCUAACAUGACCACCACCACCACCACGAACACCAAAUCACAAAAAAAAAGAAAAAAAGAAACCCGCAACAACAAUAAUAAUGACAAAUAUGGUGUCUUCUGGA